AUGUACAGUAGAUGGAUAUUAAGGAAAGAAGUCGGUGAAGAACGGAAGGAUUCAAUCAUUUCUCGAGCACAAACUGAAACAUCAGCUAGUAGAACUAACAUGAAUACAAGUCUGGCAACCAAUGAAAUUUGCUAUCAACUUGAGGAAAAUUCGUGUCCAAGAGCAAUCCGGUCCCAUGGUCUCCGGGUCUCACUGUAUGCGUUUGGUGCAUUGGCAGUUCUGGUUACAAUGUUUGGCAACUUGUUAGUGAUCGUUUCUAUCUCCCACUUCAAGCAACUCCAUACGCCCACAAAUUAUCUGGUUCUUUCUUUGGCAAUAGCUGAUUUUCUGCUGGGAUGUAUGGUGAUGCCUUACAGCUUGGUCAGAUCAAUUGAAAACUGUUGGUAUUUAGGGGACUUGUUUUGCAAACUCCAAGCAAGCUUUGACUUCAUGCUGUGCGCUGCAUCAAUAUUCCACCUCUGCUUUAUUUCUGUUGACCGUUACUACGCGGUGUGUGAUCCGCUAAAGUACAAGAUCAAAAUCAAUCUUCACAUCGUCCUCAUGAUGAUUCUCCUCAGUUGGAUUCUCUCCGCAUUUGUGGGUUUUGGCAUGAUAUGUUUAGAAUUAAACUUGAUAGAAAUUCGAGACUAUUAUCACAAUAAAAUAUACUGUUAUGGGGGUUGUACACUAGUGAUGGGGAAAAUAUGUACAGUGAUCUAUUCACUAGUUUCCUUUUUCUUCCCAGGAUUUAUUAUGCUUUGUAUUUAUAUGAAAAUAUAUUUUGUAGCCACAAAACAAGCCCGAGCCAUCAAUGACAUUACAAGACAGAUCCAGUCUAUCAAAGAAAAUAAAAACGUAGCCUCCCAGACAAGUGAAAGGAAAGCUGCGAAAACGUUGGGGAUAGUGAUGGGGGUGUUCCUAAUGUGCUGGACUCCCUACUUCACCAGUAACUUCAUAGAUCCUUUCAUUGGCCAUAAGACACCCCCGCUUAUGUUUGACACCUUUUUUUGGUUAGGGUACUUAAAUUCUGCAUUCAAUCCCGUGAUCUAUGCAUUUUUUUAUUCUUGGUUCAGAAAAGCCCUGAAAAUUAUUCUAACUUUUAAAAUAUUCGCAACCGAUUCCUCCAGGAUAAAUCUCUUCUAAUUCCCCUUUAUUGCAGAGGAAAUUGCAAUUAUGGAGCUUUAGAGAUGCUGACAAUGGUGUAUCCCUCCUGUUUAGACUAUUACAAAUGCCAUCAUUUUAUUAUUUUAACCUUUUCCAAUUAUAUCAGCAAAAUCUGCAAAAUUAGUUAAGAACACUGUAAGUGUUGUGUUGUUAUUUCCCACAAGUUAUUCACGAAUUUAAAAAUCACUUUGUGAAUGCGGAGUUGUAUGAUCUUGUGCAUAUACAGUAUACAUAUUUUCUUCCAUGAUGUGUGCUGGGUGUUUAGUUGAAACUCUAUGCUACUUUCAAACUCUGCUCCUGUGCAGUUGAUUGCUCAUUUAGUAGUUGUAGAGAGGUACAGCAUGGAAACCGAUCCUGCAGCCCACCAAAUCCAUGCCAAUGAUCAAACACAAUGAUCUUCCAUUAAUCCUAUAGUGACAUUUUAUUCACACUGCAUUCCCACCAACUCCCCCCCAGAUUCCAUCAUUCAUCAUAGGCAAUUUAGACACCAUAGGCAAUUUACAUUGGCAAAUUUAACCUACCAACACAAAGAUAGACACAAAAUUCAGCCUGAAGGAUGGUCUCAACCGAACGUCACCCAUUACUUCUCUCUAGAGGUGCUGCCUGUCCUGCUAAGUUACUCUAGCAUUCAGUGUAAACCAGCAUCUACAGUUCCUUUCUAUACCCACCCUACCGACCCACAUGUGUUUGGGAUGUAGAAGGAAACUGGGAGAAUAUGUAAACUCUGUACGAAGAACACAUUGAAACUAAAUGGUUGGUGCUGUGAGUCUGUUUCCAUGCCGUAUAACUCUGUGAUUCUGUUUACUAGACUGUUUUACUGCUGAACAGUAAAAAAUAUUGCAACUGAAAAAUCAUCUUGUUGCUAUACUCAAAAUGAUCCCAUGGUUGGAUUUCAAUUCUUUGUACAGUAACAACAAUAAAUUACCAUAUUCUCAAAAGUGUCAGCUAACUGUUG